AUGACAACAGCAUCCACGGUGACCUCCACAGUGGUGACCACAGCGUCAGCCAUGGACCUGCGUGACUGGCUCCUGCUGUGCUAUGGCCUGGUGGCCUUCCUGAGCGAGGUGAUGGCCAGUGGCACCUCCUGCCCCUCGGUGUGCCGCUGCGACAACGGCUUCAUCUACUGCAACGACCGGGGCCUGACUUCCAUCCCAGCCGACAUCCCUGACGAUGCCACCACCCUGUACCUACAGAACAACCAGAUCAACAACGCCGGCAUCCCCUCCAACCUCAAGUCCAAACUCAACGUCCAGGUGAUCUAUCUCUAUGAGAACGACCUGGACGAGUUCCCCGUCAACCUGCCACGCUCGCUGAGGGAGCUGCAUCUCCAGGACAACAACGUGCGCACCAUUGCUCGUGACUCCCUGGCCCGCAUCCCCCUGCUGGAGAAGCUCCACCUGGACGACAACUCCGUCUCUACUGUCAGCAUUGAGGACGACGCCUUUGCUGACAGCACCCGCCUCAAGCUGCUCUUCCUGUCCCGCAACCACCUCAGCAGCAUCCCGUCUGGCCUGCCUCGCACCUUGGAGGAGCUGCGGCUGGAUGACAACCGUAUCUCCACCAUCCCGCUGCAUGCCUUCAAAGGGCUGAACAGCCUGCGGCGGCUGGUGCUGGAUGGGAACCUGUUGGCCAACCAGCGCAUUGCCGACGACACCUUCAGUCGGCUUCAGAACCUCAGCGAGCUGUCCCUGGUCCGCAACUCUCUGGCUGCCCCUCCGCUCAAUCUGCCCAGCUCCCACCUGCAGAAGCUGUACCUCCAGGAUAAUGCCAUCAGCCACAUCCCCUACAACACCCUCUCCAAAAUGAAGGAGCUCGAGAGGCUGGACUUGUCCAACAACAACCUCACCACUCUGCCCAAGGGCCUGUUUGAUGACCUGGAGAGCCUGACCCAGCUGCUGCUCAGGAACAACCCUUGGUUCUGUGGUUGCAACCUCAUGUGGCUGAGGGACUGGGUCAAGGCCCGGGCCUCAGUGGUCAACGUGAGGGGGCUGAUGUGUCAAGGGCCGGAUAAAGUGAGAGGCAUGGCCAUCAAGGACAUCACCAACGAGAUGGAUGAGUGCUUUGAGGCAGGUGCUCAGGGCAACGCAGUGGCGGCCAAGACUACCACCAGCCAUGCAGCUGUCACCACACCUCAGGGCUCCCUCUUCACCCUCAAGGCCAAGCGACCUGGGAUCCGCCUCCCAGACUCCAAUAUUGACUACCCCAUGGCCACAGGGACCGGCACUAAGGCCUUGAUUCUCAAUGUCAAGCCACUGACAGCCGACAGCAUCCAGAUUAGCUGGAAGGCCAUGCUGCCUGCAGCUUCCUUCCGGCUCAGCUGGCUGCGUCUGGGUCACAGCCCAGCGGUAGGCUCCAUCACCGAGACCCUGGUGCAAGGGGACAAGACUGAGUACUUGCUAACGGCCCUGGAGCCCAAGUCCACUUACAUCAUCUGCAUGGUCACCAUGGAGACAGGCAGCACCUAUGUGGCAGAUGAAACACCAGUGUGCGCCAAAGCAGAGACAGCUGACACCUACAGCCCCACCACAACCCUCAACCGGGAGCAGAACGUCGACCCAAUGGCUGGGCUGCCUCUGGCAGGGAUCAUUGGCGGGGCGGUGGCCUUAGUCUUCCUCUUCCUGGUCUUGGCAGCCAUUUGCUGGUAUGUCCACCGGACGGGCGAGCUGCUGACGCGGGAGAGGGCCUACAGCAGGGGCAGCCGGAAGAAAGACGACUACGUCGAAUCGGGUACCAAGAAGGACAACUCCAUCCUGGAGAUCCGAGGUCCUGGGCUGCAGAUGCUUCCCAUCAACCCACACCGAGCCAAGGAGGAAUACGUAAUCCACACGAUAUUCCCAUCCAAUGGCACCAGCUUAUACAAAAGCACCCAUACCAUCGGCUACGGCACAACCCGUGGAUAUAGAGAAGGCGGCAUCCCAGACAUAGAUUACACCUAUACAUGAUGGAGAACCAUCGCUCCCUCUCAACCCUCACACCGCCCCAUGCCGCUGCCACCUGGUGGCUUACAAAUUGAGGAGAAACUAUUUUCCCUACCAGAAACGGCUUGAGUGGCAGGCACUGGGGAGAAGAGAGGGAAAAACUAUUUUGUAGAAAAACAAGGGGUGGUUAAAAAUUAAAAAAAAAAGACAUAAUUUAUAUUUAAUAUUCCAGAUUUCAAACAAACAACACAUGCUCAUGGAUUGUUAUGGAUCGAGGCGAAAAAGCUACC